AUGGACGUCGAGCACGAUGAACUUCCACCUCUCCCUCAAUUAUCCUCGAACACAUCACCAAAGCGUCCGCGACGUCGACCUCCGAUAGGGCCCAGAACCGCCUUUGUCUCGUCCGCCGUUGUUCCCCACCCGGGUCCCGACCAAGUCAUAUCUACUCUGAUAGACUCAUUAACCGCAAUAUCGCAAAGCGCACGAGAUCAAUUGAAACUCGAUCUUGCUGCCGACGCACCACUCAACACUGUCCACUCUGAGAGACCCAGCGACGAUUUUGACUUUGACGGACCGCCAUCUCCAGGCUCAUACUACGCCGAAAGCGCUUUCGCUGCCUCGAUUAUCCCUGCGUCAGAUGUCGACGAUGAUAGCGACGGAGAUGCAGCCGCGCCACCCGUAAUUCGCUUCUCACGGGCGCCUCCGGUACUGCCCAAGAGGAGGUCUAAGAAGUUGGGCUCUAGCCAAUCUUUUAAUACCAUGCUUUCUGACCGAAGCAUUUCAAUUCGGACUUCUAUGCAGAGCAUGCGGUCGCAGGACGGUUCGAACGCGCAGAGUCUGAACGUGCUCAACAAGCGUAAUAAUUCUGUCACAAGUUUAGCUUUGUCCAUGAUGAGCAGUCGAAGCCGGAAAACGUCGCCGGUGAAGACGUCGCGCAACCCCAGUCCACAGCCCCGACCAGAGCCAGGCCCCCCAGCCUCUGCUACGCCGGUGCAGCAUGGUCCAAGCGAGCAGGAUUCAUCACCAAAAAGGCGGGAUAGCACCAGUAAUGACCGUGGAGACGACUCCCAUGCCAGCAGUACGCUUAGUCCGCUGAAUCGAGAGAAGCUUGAGGAACAUUUGAUUCCCUCCCGGCAAUCGUCAAUCAGGAAAGCAGAGCGCAUGGGACAGCAUAGGCACUCGACCGGAAGUCGCGAUUUGAAAGACCUAAAGAUCGACGAGGAACUGAUAGGCUCGGAUGAUUCGACAGUCAGAAGGAUAAGAGAGCUCCAGGAGGCGCGCGAGAAGCGCCACAGUGAAUGGCGCAAAGAAUCCGCCCUGAGCCCGGAAAGGUCGUCCAAGCGCCAUUCUGCACCGAGUCCAAAACCUUUAAGAAGGUCUAGUACCUAUCAAAGCUCCAAACUCUCGGUGACAGAAGUUUUGGUUGAGUCUGAACAGGAAGCGUCUCCACAGCUUUCUGCUCGAGUGAAUGCGACUGACUUGGUUCUGAUGCCGGCAUUGGUUGCAACUGGUAACGACGACAGCCCCUUGACGCCUGUGGGGGACACAGCGAGCGAAACUCAAUCUGCGCGUCCUGCAACUCACAGUCCAGCAACAGUUCCCAAACUUGCUUCACCUACACCUCCUCUCAAUCGAGGCACUUCCAUGCAGCACAAACGUACAUCUGUCACUUCGAACAAGGCCGACUCGAGAGCCGAGGACAUUAAAACCAUAUCAGACGAGGUCGAGGCAUUUCUAAGCGCCCCACGCUUGACACAGAAACUGCGGCAUCCUCGGACUGGCCGUACAAUUGCAUUCUCAGAAGUCGGUGAUCCGAAUGGCUUCGUUGUAUUCUGCUGUGUGGGCAUGGGCCUGACAAGAUUCGUGACGUCUUUCUACGAUGAGCUGGCACGGACCUUGAAACUCAGAAUCAUUACACCCGACAGGCCUGGCGUGGGAGAAAGCGAGGCGGUACCCGAACGCCUCAACAACCCGCUAACAUGGGUUGAUGAUGUCGCUGUUAUCUGCCACAUGCUGGAAAUCACGCGCUUCUCACUCCUAGCCCACUCUGCGGGAACCAUCUUUGCCCUAGCAACGGCGCUGAAAAUGCCUCAAUUCGUGCGUGGACGAAUCCAUCUUUUGGCUCCAUGGAUACCGCCGUCUCAGAUGCCCAAAGGAGCCGUGGGUGGCACAGAUGCUCAACCUGUCGCCAAUUUGCCAAUGUCACACAGGAUCUUGAGCGUUCUUCCAGCACCAAUGCUGAAAGUCGCCAAUUCGAGAUUUCUCUCAGCGACAAGUGCCUCGGUCGAGGCCAAGCCGUUGAAAAACAAAAAAAGCAAACAUUUGGAUAGCUUAGACGCUGAACUGUUUCAGUCAUAUGAUGACUUGAACGGUUCUUCCUUUGUAUCGGCCUCUGAUCUCGAGGCACCUCCCUCAGUGAGAGGCAUGAACAGAGAGGCACAUGCCCUCCGUGUCGGCGGCCGACCGGGUUCACCAUCUCCCGAGCCUCGGACAUCAUCUACUUAUGCUUCGCGUCCAACAUCGCCACGCCUCACUCUUGAGGCGCGAUCAGCUCUAUAUAAUGCCCAACUGACGCACCGAAUCUGGUCACUUGCGACGCUCAAUGCGAAUCCAGCCGUUGACCUGAUGACCUGCUUAGAAAGAAAGAAAUACAUCGGAUUUCGAUACGCGGACGUGACACGGUCGAUAGUGAUUCGACACGGUGCGAAAGAUACCCGAGUACCUCUGGAGAACGUCAAAUAUCUGGAGAGCAUAAUGAAACGCUGCGAGCUGCGUGUGCUACAAGAUGAAGGCCACAGCCUGAUGGCAAGCGCAAGUGUCAUGAGCAGCGUCCUCUCCGAGAUCUCCAAGGAAUGGGACGAGUGGGAGAAGAUUGCGCGCGACAAACAGAAGCGAAAAGCGGAUUCGUCGGCUGUGAGCACACGCAGUGGAAGGCGAUAA